UUGUCUCUGUCCGUCAUUCGUCGGUUUGGAAACGUUGGGAAGGAGUGGAGAGUGUUAGGUCCACGCUCCAGUGUCUCGUGGAGUUUACUUCUCAUCUACGGUUUUAGAAUUUGUUGGUGUAUAGGGACGGACGGUAUGUGCACAUUAGAGGUGCUUCUAAUUGCGGACGUGAUGCGGCGCACGACCCGCGACUUCGAUGCCAACAAUAAUGAUAACGGUGUGCGCAGGGGCGCCCGCAGCGUGUGCCGCAAGCUAUUCGCCUGCGAAGACCCGACCGCCGAUAGGAGUCGCCUUCUCCGCAGAAUGGAAGAAGAGAUCAGGAGGCAAGACAGCGAUCGAUGGAAUUUUGAUUUUACAACUGAGACGCCCCUGCCCGGGAGAUAUCAGUGGGUGAGGGUAAGCCAGGAAGUUAGCGCCCCUGCAUCGUCGCAGACGGUGGUGGAAGAAUGUGUGCCGUCAGACUCUGCGACGACGUCGAAGACUUCUCAAGUCGGGCAGCGAAAGACUACGUGCAGGGCGGAACAGCUGAAAAUAACUGGUUGUGCUGCGAUUCUGACCAAAGAUCCAUGUGAUAUAGUGCUGCCAUCUGGUAACUCUUUCUGGGACUUUUCAAUGCUUUGUUGCCAAAUGCUGUCAUCGUGCCCAAGACACUAGUUUACUUCGAAUGGACACACGAACUAAUGGACCGCAAUGAGGGAAGAAUCUCUACGUCUUCCAAGAUUGAGUGGAUUUUUAUAUAUUGUUUGGGAAUGCUGUCUUUUUUUAUGAAGAUGGUGGACUUUGUUUAUUGUAGAAAAAAAUUGCGAAAGAAUGCUAUCCUAUUAUAAACUGUUAGUACAACGUUAUUCUUCAGCCAUAUUCGAUGGAUGCUGCAUAAUUCCUUCCAGCCUCAUUACUAUCCUAAUUUAUGUUAAAAGGGAUUAUAUAAAUGUGUCUUAGAAUAUUGCUAAAUAGUGCUUGUUGGGAACAUGUUCCUUUUUAAGAACUAGCAUUCAUAGCAUUCAUAUACCUGAAAACAUUAAACUGCAUACAGAUGAAAAGAAGUUUUCUUCGUUAAAAUAGCCUUCUGUAAAAACGUAUUCAUGUUACAUACGCAGCCUAAUAUUUAGGAGCCAAAUAAUUCUUUACGGAGUUAAAUUUAUUUUUAUUAUUGCAAAACAAAUUUUAUAUUAAUUGCUUGCUAUAAAUUUUCAUAAAAAUUACCAUUGAGGAAUAUCAUAAUUUUAAAGUGGAUCAGUUUAAUAACUUUUUAAUAAUUUCGGAGUUAAAUGUCUUAUGACACAUCGAAUGGCAACACUAUGAAUGCUAACUAUAUGCCAGGCCGCAUGGAAGAUAAAUGAAAGAUCUUGCAUCUUAUUCAUCGACAACUUCUGCCCGGUCGCUUGAUGGUAGUGUUACAUAACCCGAGACAUUACACCGCGUAAAACUGGAAAGUCUCCAUUAAAAAUGUUUUUAAUAUGGAAAGAGAAAGAAAAUAUAUUGACCAAACGAUUCGUUCCUGAAGUACGUUGUAUAUGGCGUUAGAUCCAUCUUUUAUUAUGAAUUAACAGUGAAGCCCCAAAUACUUAUGAAACUUCCAGUCGGAUAUAUUACAUAUGAGAUGUUUCAGUUAUAUGAAUUAAAUAAAUUAUCAAAAAUAAAUAAAUAAAAUUUAAUUUAUUAUUAGCAGUGGCGUUUAUCCCCUUCAAAUCACUUAGUUAUUAAGUUAUAUUUCGAAAGAUUUAAGUUCUAAUUUGUCAUUGAAUGCCAACACUGUGCAAACUGAAUAUUUGUCAGAAUAGCAUUUGUUAAGGUAGAAGAUGAAUUACAGAUUUUAUUUUUCGCGUAAUGGCAAAAGUUUCCAAGUUACAUGUAUGAUAAAUGCGUUGUACUGUAACGUAACGGUUAACAAGUUUUGGAGAUUUUGCUGAAGAUGUUUCUGAGGUCAAAAAUACGUAACAAAUUAAUAUUAACUAUUUUUAUACUCUCCUUAGUUUAAUACAUAAAUAAAACACUUUUUCCUAGAACUUGUAUAGAAUAAAAAUCAAAUGUUGUUUCGCGAAGUGAACCGAAUGUAAAUAUUUGUAUAUAGAUUGUAUUAACAUAAUAACUGUUUAUAUAUAAAUAAUAAAGUAUAUUAUUUUACUGAUGGAUAUGCAUAAAAUAAUGCUGGGGCAUCAGCUAUUGAUCUCAUUUUCUCACACCGUUGCCACGCAGAGAAUGCCGGGCAAUGAAACUAAUAAGUCCUUCCUGUAAAAAAAAAUUAUAUGUUUAUGUUUGUGCAUUCAUUUACGAUGUACAUUUUAUGUAACAAGCUAUGUAUAGAGAAAGAAUAUGUAUAUCUUUUAACUAUGUGUAUAGUAAUAAAUGGAAUAUUUCAAUACAAUGAAAA